AUGCAAGAAUCUCCGUUGUCACCACACACAGCCUACCGGUCUCUCGAAACCAUGGCCGAGUCUCCAGCUCACCGUCUGUCUCAAGCUUUGGGUGAGCGCCUCCUCACCGGCGUCACAAAUGGGCAGUCGCCUGCAAGUCCAGCGUCAGAUGCACAACGCACGAUGGAUACCAUCGCUCGUGUCAAAGACUGCAUACGUGACAUCACGAUAACCCACCAGCUGACUCGGAACAUGUUCAUUUGCAAGAUCGGAGUUAUGAUCAAUACCGCCAAAGCAGCAUGGCAAACUAUCAGAUCAGCAUUACUCGAAGGAAGCAUCCAGACCAACCUCGAAGUACGAACAUGCAGUGAUGUACUCGAAACCGCCGAUGAAGUCAAUGAACUUCUCGAUGCACAGCUCGAAAGAUGCGAGGACCUGUCCAAGGUGAUCAUCUCUCGACUCCAAAGCCUGUUGUCGUCCUCGGACUACCGCUGGGAGAUCCCCUCUGCCAUGGUCGAAGAUCUCAUCCGAGAACUCGUUGCUUUGGUGGCAGCUUCCGACAAGGACUCUGCAGAGAAGGAUCGCCGGGGCGGCGCCUUUAUGGUCUCAUACCACUCCAUCAGGUUAAGGUUGAAAGUUCGAAACAUCUCCCCAGCCGCCAUGGACGUUAUCCUUGGCCAUCUAUCCCCCGAAUCUCGACAAUUCUCUGUCGACGCAUUGGCUGCAGCCAGACAAGGCAUGAUCCAAGGCAUCGACGACCCCUCGUACACCAACACCAUUACAAAGCUCGAUGUCACAAUCGAGACUCUGGCCGAACAAGUCACCGAUCCUGCAUUGGUCGACGUUCUGCAAAUUUUGAAGUCUUACACCUCGGUCAUGCGUACACUGCCUUCAAUUGACGCCUUCAAUCUGGUCAUCAAAGGUAUCGAGCAGAAGUCGGAUCUGGUCGCUUUGGAUCAUGCUUGGGACGAGCUACACGGGUUCAUCGGCCGUUUCGGCGAGCCCGAAGUCUGUGUUGCUUCUACUUCGGAGACCAAAGAAGGGCCAGAUAAUACCCAACCUCGCGUCUUCGAAAACGUAUCAGAUACGGUGUUGCCCAUGCAAUGGCUGUUCUACUCAUUGCUGUCAGUCUCCGCACAAAUCGACCCUCAUGGCAACGAGCUGGUCACCAGAAAGCAUUACAACAGAUUCGUGGACGACUAUCGCAGAAAUACUGCAGCCAUCGUUCUGGACUUACUGGAGCAAGAACGAGAUCUCGCCCAAGGUUUGCGCUGUAUCGAAGCUCAGGAGAUCUCGAGACAUGGUCUUGCUAAGACGGGUGUCGCCAUACCGAAGAUCCGAGAAUACACAAAGAUCCUCACACGCAGGUUCUAUACUCAUCUCGACCGCAAUAUCACCAGAAGGGAAUUUGAAGAGCUUUGUGCUCAGUGCAAGAAAGAGGUCGCUCUGUUCAGGUCGUACAAGGCUGUGCUGAAGUUUGCUUUGGAUUCAGCGGAUACCCGAUUCAAGGACCUCAAGGUUGUAUCAAAGUAG